GACCACAGCUAAGUGACGGUGAGCUUUUACAAUGAGAAAGCCUCUUUGUGCGCAUAACCUAUAUAAGAGAUUUCUGCUGCGGAUUCUUUCUUUGAAAUAAUGUCGGCUGAAUAUGAUAACAGAGACAAUGGCCCUGAAGGCAUGGAGCCAGAUGGGAUCAUUGAGAGCAAUUGGAACCAGAUUGUGGAUAGCUUUGAUGAGAUGAAUCUACGCGAGACCCUGCUCAGGGGAAUUUAUGCCUAUGGUUUUGAGAAACCUUCAGCUAUCCAGCAAAGGGCCAUUAUGCCUUGUAUCAAGGGUUACGAUGUGAUUGCUCAGGCCCAAUCUGGCACCGGGAAGACUGCCACCUUUGCCAUUUCCAUCCUUCAGCAGAUUGAUGUGGAGCUGAAAGGCACUCAGGCUCUGGUCUUGGCUCCCACCAGGGAGCUGGCUCAGCAGAUUCAGAAAGUGGUCCUUGCCCUGGGUGAUUACAUGGGAGCCAGCUGCUAUGCCUGCAUUGGAGGGACCAACAUCCGCAGUGAGGUCCAGAAACUGCAGGCUGAAGCCCCACACAUCGUGGUGGGAACUCCCGGGCGCGUCUUUGACAUGCUAACUCGCAAAAACCUUUGUAAGUCUUCCUGAGAAGGAGUUAAAUCA